AUGUUCCGUGCUACCAGCUCCCGCAUGGCCGGCUUCGUGUUCCGUGAGAACCGUGUGCCUUUCUACCAGCGCCUCUUCCAGAACCACGACAGCAAGCGUCAAUGGUGGAAGACCUCGCGUUCCGGCUACAUCAUGUACCCCUACUUGAUCUCCGUCUACGGCCUCGGUGCUGCUACCACCUACGCCAUGGGUCGCAUGGUUCUCGGCCACAAGACCUGGAUCUAA